UGACUUUCAUUGACUCUUUCGUCUACUUUGAUGUCAGUUCCUCCACAGAUCCUGCCAUCAUCUGAUUGCACCAAAACUGCAGGCCGGAUCAACUGUUCCUGUGAGGCUGUGGGAAAUCCUUUCCCUGCUUUCCACUGGUAUUUGAAUGGUUUACCUGUCAAUCAGUCUGAGUUUGUGAUCAUCAGUGAACGUCUAAAGAAUGACAAAGGUCUGAGGAGCAUCAUCACUGGGAAUCAACCUCAAGAGAUGUAUCAUUCAACCUUGACCUGUCUCAGCUUCAACUCUCUUGGAUCUGCCAGUCAACAUUUCAGCCUUGAGCAUCAAGCAUGUGCUGAAAGUCACGAUCAAGCGCUGCUCCUCAUGUGCAGCACCGUGAUUGCCAUUUUGAUCAUACUAGUGUGUGCUCUGCUGUGUGUUAUCAGGGCUCUGAAGAAUCGCCAUAACCCCAACAGUCACCUCACAUGUGAAAUGAGUCGAGUUGCUUCGAGCCAAAUUCUAUUCAAAGAGGCAGAUGAGCUUCCAAACACAACAGGAGAGGACAUGUAUGUCAACACCAAAGGGCUGAGACCACCAGAUGCUGCCGACCCUCCAACUAUGUCUAAGCUGACUGGCACCGCGGUGCCAAGCUCUGGGCCAAACAAUGCAAAAGAGAGUGACGGAAUUUACUCUAGUGUGUCUUAGAAGAGCAAGAGUAAGAAGAUAGAAGACUCUGCUAACAUGAAUCCAUGUGGUGGUUCCUAUCUGGAGGAGGAGAAGUGGAUGGGGGAGGACGUUGGCAGAGAUUCUAUGAGCAAUGCACUGGAGAUGGGAAACCUGUAUGAUGAAGUGGAGCCUAGAAAUGUGAGGAAGGAAGCAGAGUGUGAAUAUGCU